AUGAGCGGCCCGUACAACUAUGGCUUCAGGCCUCCUCAUGGACAAUCGCCUCUAAGCCCCGAGACGCCGACGAGUGCAUACAAGACCAACUUGGGCAGGAAGAAAACGAAGAAAUGGGUUGAGGCCAAGGCACAGAACUACGACGGCGAUGACUGGGGUAACGACUUUGACGAUGAGGAGCCCGAGGAACCGAUUCCUGUCCCACCUCUCAAGCCUGCCUCUCGUCAACCGAGUCCCAGCCAGGCAACAACUGCGAAUCUGCCGUCGAACCUGCCGUCACACCAGCCACCUACGCCUCAAUCCGCGGGACUGCCAACGAUGCGACCGCCGCAGCCGGCCUUGAGCGAGUCGGGAUUAUCCACCAGCCCUCGGGCCACGGCAGGCCUACCGCCUUUGCAAAUCCAGACUCCGUCAUCACCCGCGCCUGCGCCUGCACGCUCCGAACCGCUAAAUGUUCAACCUCCGAUUGUUUCGGGGCCGUCCUCCAUGGACAGUGUUUCCGAUAAGGGCCCUCAUGAGCAGCUCGUGUCGCCGCAAUCUGCUCAUACUGGCCCAACACCGGAGCCCUCUCUCGUUCGGAACGAACAACCGCAAAGUGUGAUACCUCCGAAUAGCGGCCGACGAACUUCACCAGCGCCGGCGCAACCGCCGGCGCAACCGCAAUCCACCCGAUUCCCACCUCGCAAGAGCAGUAUGGGCCAACAUGACAGUGAUCGCCUUCCUAGUUCUCGGUCCAGCUCCACUCAUCCUCCACGGGUCGAGCAGCGCUCGGGAUCUCCUUCCGGUAUCAUAUCGCCUGGCCCGUCCUCGACUUCGAAGCCGUCUUUUGUUCGACCCUCGGAUAUCUAUCGCCGUGUCGACAGUGAGAAGGGUAGGGAACGAGGCUCCAUGGACUCAGGACGACCCAGUCUGGAUAGCAGCGGCGGCUUCAAGACCGACCGCUCGCUUUCUCCCGCCAAGCCACCUCCUGCUGACACUGGAAGUGGCGAACAAGUGGGUGGCAGCAGUUUGGGAAAGCCUGAAGGAGAUGAUGCAGUCCAAGGCAAUCUGGGACCGACCCUAGCGCCUGUUGCAGAGAGAAAGAGCGAAUACGGCUUCGACAACGUGCUUAUGCGGCCCCAAAACCAUGCCCAAAAUCAGACAAUGCCCCCAAGUUCUGAAAGUCCCAGCCUGGGCAUUCCAGCCCCCGUGCCGGAACCUCAGAUUGAACGUCCAAGUGAGGAAGAAGUUGCUCAACAACGUCGCUACUCGUCCAGUCCACGUUUGCCAGACCUGGCUCGCAUGUCUCUGUUUGGGGACGAUUUCUUUUCUAACCCCGGUAAAUUUGCCGACGAUGCACCCCCAAUGCCUGCGUUGACGCCACAACUUCAAGCAGCAGCGGCGGCAGCAGCACCACAAUAUGUUGGAAAUCCGCCGGCUGCUGUUGCACUAUCGACCGGGAGCUCAACACCCCAACGAGCCGACUCCCCUCGAGUGUCUGAGCAAAAUCAAGAGGAUUUUACUCCGCCGGCACAGGCUCCUCGAAAUCAAGAAAAUGUAGAUCCCGCCAAAUCAGAUUUGGCAUCUCUGCCAUCACGGCCCUCUCUACCUGGCGGCUGGGUCACUGAAACUAGAUCAGUCACCGACGAGCAGACGCCGCCUGCUGUUGCAGAGAAGAAGACCCUGGGCGUUGAUACUGGCGAAGUUUCCCCGAUCUCCGACAACGAGCACGAUGAAGUCCCAGGCAGCGGUGUCACGAUUGUGAAGGGUGUAGCGUCGAUGCCAAUACCCAUCUCUAAUGCAUCGGGGCAACCAAUGCCUUCCUCAAGCCAAGCCAGUGAGGAAAGCCACUCAGCCGACGCUCCCGUUCAUCCUCUGGUUCCGUUGAACGCUGGGCACUCGGAUCCUUCUUCAUCGAGCUUCGUAGCACCUGAGAGAUUGCAGCGCGAAUCUACUAUGAGCACAGUCACUUCACCGUCCCCUGUCAAAGAGAGCGACAAGCUCCGGGAGGAAAUCAUGCGGAGCCUCAGUCCAGUCCGGCCUACAAGUGAUUUCGAUAGCUUCAACGGCAAUCGAGCAGGACAGUUAGAAGAGGAUAUCGGCCCUCGCGAGAGCACAUACCUGCACGGUGUUUAUGAUGAUUAUUGGACUGCAGGCGAUGAUAAGCCUGAUGUACCGGAGCUCCCUUUGAAGCAGCCAGAGCUGGAUGUUCACUCUGUUGCGAAACAGAACGUCUCCGAUGUGCCUCCUCUGAGCCCUCGCAAGGAGAACGCAGGAACGCCUCCGACACUUGGUCGACGAUUUUCCUGGGAAGCGGAAUCGGAACAAGUCACGCCGGGCCCGGCUGAUCCUCAAGAGAAACCCGUGUCGGACUCUCAGCCACAAGCUGCCCCUGUGGCUCCUGUCAGCUCAAGUUCACCUGCCCCUGGACACGAACAGUCUCCAGCGUUGUCGUCUGGAGAGACAAGGGACGCUGAACAAACCCAGCCAUCCACCAGCAAUAUGGGCGAGACGCAUAUUGCAGUGCCUACAACUUCAGGCACGAUGUCACACCAAGUGUCGCAGGUCAGCUCGGUGCCGGGAGAUCGGCUGGACUCAGAGAACAUUGAGCCUCCGUCACCCGUGUCAGCCGUGACUGAUAAGAACAACGCCUCGGCCGCCCCUCCCCGACGCCUGUCCCUCGCGGAAGAAAAGUCAAUGGUUCGGGUUUCGUCCAAUCCCGUGUCCCCCAGCCCACCGCCGGGCGAACACCCGGCGCUGGCUCGAUCUUCGGAAGCGAAAUCGCCUCCGCCGCCUGCGCCUGCCGAGCCGUCGCAAGACCAGCCAGCCGCACCUCUUAAGAUCAUGAACUUCAAGGAGAUCAUGGACAUUCAAAACGCAUCGGAGAGAAUCAAUAAGUACAACGAGACUAGAGCGCAAUUUGCAUCAAUGGAUUCGGGAUUAAACAACUGGCUCGUCAACCUCAAGUCUCAGCAUCCCGAGCACGCCAAUGCGACGGCGUCAUUCGCGGCCAACGUUUCAAACGUUGGCCAACCAUCAUCAUCACCACCAGCAUCCCAGCCAAAUUUUCAACAGCCCUACUAUCAGCAGUAUCUCAACGCUAGCUCGACCAAUGUCAGCACAGCAGCAGUCACAGCAACAUCGUCGGGUCGUCCUCCCGCAGGCAGCGUAUCCAUGGGGUCCCAUUCGCCUGGGAGCGAUUUCAAGCAUUCGAGUGGUCAAGUCGGGGCAAAGGGCAAGGGACUGUUGCUUGCGGCGGGUAAGGCGGGUAAAGGUUUAUUGAGCAAGGGCAAGAACAAACUCCGUGGCACUGGGGACAAGACUUCGGCUUGGGCCCCACCCCGGCCUCAAACCCCUAAGCAUCCCGCCGGUGUUCGCCGGGAUAGCGAGUCCGAGCCCGUGUCGCCCGUCUCGGACACCCAGUCCAUGUCGGCCCCUAGCCAUCACGACAACGCCGACGAUGGAGAUGCCUUUGUUUACGGCACCGGCGAUCUUCAGGUUCCAAGACCUAUCGGCAAGACCCAACCGUCAUGGGAUCCCUUUACAGGCACACCCUUGGUUGAAGAGGAAGGGUUUGAGAUGGGGCAAUCCAGGGAUCCGAGCCCCCAUAUUCAGCAUGCGCCUCAUGCUGCCCCCGCUGCGCAAUUCCACAACGCUUCGACAACGAAGAACACCAGAAGUGAAGAUGACUGGGUCGUGGUAUCGCCGCAGUCAGCACCCUCUGAGCAAAUUUAUGUUUUGCCCCCCGAGUCGCCACAAUUGGUGCGUUCAUUCCAACCCACGGAGUCUAGUAGAGAGAUCUUUGACAACGAAGAUGAGUUGGAUAUUGCUGCUGGCGAUAAUGCAUCUUCAGAUGCGCAACAGGUGUCACAGCAGGAUCAAGACCAUCUACAUCACAACACUCAACAUCAAGUACUCCCGCAGGAGCAGGAUCAAAAGACUCAGCAACAGAACCAACUCCAGACUCGUCGGCAGCUUCCGUCGCAACAACAGUCGGUAUCACCUCAGCGCCAAUCUUCCUUCGUCGGCCUUCCACCCAUCAGGCGGAGUUCUACAUUCGGUAUCAAUCUCACCAAAAGAGCAAAGAAACGUUUCUCUCUUGAAGAGGACGACGAUGUCGACGGUCAGGUUAUUGUGUCUUCUCCGGUUUCCACGGUUACCACAAGCCAGGCCGUGAUCGAUGCCAAUACUCCAUCACUUCAUCAACAUGUAGGUCGGGAUGCGUCCACUCGGUUCGCACAACCUGCCCGAAUUGAGACCGGGCUUUCAGCAUCGCGCAAAGAUAGUGCUAUGUCCCACCAAGUCAUCUCAGCCACGUCUACCCAGGCGGCAACACUCGCCACAGAAAGCACUGGUGUUGCAUGGGGCGAUGAUGAGAAGAGGGCUUUAGAUCCCCGGCAUUCCUUCAGACCUGGCGGUUCUACUCCUCACCCUAUCGAUACAAAGCUUGCAAUGCAACAAGCAGGACGAACUGGCGGUGGCCCACCACUUGGCAUGCGCUCACAACAGGGCGUGGUAUCCCCGAGUACAGGUGGCAACCCCAUUCAACAUUUACCGCCCCAAGGUCCCUGGAAAUUAGAAGAAUCUCACCUGUCGGAGCCUCUUUUGCCUGCGAGUCGUAAUCGUCUGUCUGGUAGUCCAGCCUCCCCACACCAGCCGUUUUUUGGAUUCGAUAAGGAGACCGGGGUGUCCUCGCCAACAGUCCCGCGGCAAGAAACGCAAUUACCACCUCGACAAAAGUUCUCUGAGGUGCCUCCGUCAUCGGCACAGCGAUAUCCAGGUCUUUUUACACCUCCGCCUCAAGGCCAACCCAACCUAGUGUCGCCGGUUGGGCCCCGUAGCUCUUACGAUUUAGGACACCAGUUCUUCCCCUGGGAUAGUUCUUCGAUACAGAGAACCCAUACGGCAGACUCUGAAGUAAGUAGUGUGGAGCCAUCAGGAGACGAUGAGCGGGGCAGGAAAAGACGGAGCACAGGUUUCUUCAAAGAAAUUGGUGAACGCUUCUCACGGCCCUCUUCAAGAGAAAGGCAGAGUUUCAAGGAAGAUGAGGUAGACCACGUCGGUCACCCUUCGGAUACGGACAGGACUAGAGAUCCUGUGCCGAACAUGGCUGCUGGGGAAACCCAAAGCGGGCGGCAGAAGCGGCGGUCUAGCCUCUUCCUCAAUUUAAGAGGCUCUAAACCGUCGGACACUGGAUCUCAGCAAGGACAGGAGGGCGAAGUGGUCACGCUGUCCCCAAAAGCUAGUCCUAUCCCUGCCUCUGCCCAAUUUCAGCCACCGGCUGGGCCUGCAGAGCGAAAGCGUUCUUGGCUUGGUUCAGCUGCUAACGAUUCAUCUGCCGCGCUAUCUGCCGCGCUACCAACGUUGUCGCGUUCAUCGACUUCGACCGCUGGCAACGAUCAAGCUGGCGGUCACAAAGCCCCUCCGAAGAAACGUUUCUCUGGUUUCGCAGGCAAGGUGUUCAACCGUUCAUCCAGCCACCAGGAGCUACAGCCACCUCAGAAGCCGGGGACCUCCCAUUCACUGGCAUCGUCUUUUCACAGUCAUCACUCCGGAGCACCUGCUACUCAACUUGAUGUGUCUUCAUCGCAAGUCGCCGCUGGGAGAGAGCGCAGCAAUACGACAGGAUCUGGGCCUUUUGGUUUACUUCAAAGUACGCACUUGCAGACUGUUGGUGAAGAGGAUCGCGGGAGAAGAAGUUCGGCCGGAAAUCUCCUUUCUGGUAUAUUUGGUCAUCGGUCAUCGAGAAACCAAGAAGCCCAACAACCAUUCCAGGCUAUUUCUCAUCAAAACAGCCAUGUUCCUGCGCAGCCCGGGAUGCUCCAGCCCGCACAGCAGCACCAGCCUUCGAACCCAGGGUCAAACCGUCACAUGGGGCUGUCACUUACGGUAAACCAGCAAUUCGGCCCAGAUCAGCAACAGCUAUCUCCCCAGGGCUCGACGGCUCAUCCAGGACGAAGUGUUGAGACUCAGCAACAAUCAACACUGCCCCGGUCAGCCAAUUCGAUUACGAUGGGCCCCCAACCUUCCCAGAUUCAACAGGCUCCUGGACUCGGGCCUGGAGGUAUGGAGCAGUUUUCUCAAGCAAACAAGCUCCAGACCCAGUUAUCCUCGAUGCCGCUGUUCUCUAACCAGAGCCAGCAGCCCGCUGCGCAAGGCUUGGAUGAUGAGGGUCAACAUAGCUCAGUAUCGAAGUGGUUCAAGAACAGGACCUCUGCUCAAGCUGCCCAACUUUCAUCUCAUCUAGGCCAUCCAAAAGAGUCCACGACAAAGUCUCUAUUCAGCGCCUUCAAGAGAUCAUCGAAGCAACCUGAGGCCCGACCCCAACAACAACAACAACAGCCGCAGCAAAUGCCACCGCCUGACAGGGGGCUGCAAGCCCAGCCUUUUCAAACAAGACCUGGACAGACAUUAACGCCACCACCUGGGCCUCUGAAUCAACGCAACCCUCACCCAAUGCAAGGGCCGCUUGCUCAUCAGCAACAACGUCAUCCAUCGCCAGCGGCAUCUUUUGGGCAAAGACCGCCCCCGCAACACAGCAUGUCUAGCACAAGCUCUGAGAUAUCCCAAGGCACAGGGCGAGUUCUACAGUACCAUAGACCGUCAGGUGAUCCAAUUAUGACUAGGGCUGUUCCCGCCAGUCUCGGUCCCACUCCAGGCAUGCCACCACCUCAGCCAUAUCAAGAGCCUCAAUACGACGAAGUCCCUAUUCCUCGUGGAUACGAAGCCGUUCACGGAGAAGGGCAUGUAGCACCAUCUCCGUAUGACAUCGGACGCCCAUCACCCCCCGCUCAAUAUCCUCAUCAUCAAAUGCAGCCGGUACAGCAAAGUUAUGCACAGCCGCCAGUUGCACAUAAGCACCCAUCCGAAGUAUCCAUGUACAACCAGUCGCAGGCUUUGGCGCCCAAAGACCAGCCGCAAGCUCCUAGUCAAUACGCGGCAUCCUAUCAAGCUGAUCGCCGAUGUCACAUGCCAGCUACGGAGCACAACCUGGCUUCAACAGCACCCAUCACGGUAUGCCGGAAUACAACCAGCAACUUCAACCUCAACAACAAGAAGACCCAAGAGGCUUAUACCAGUCCAGCCAGGACAUGCAAUCCUACCAUACGGCAAAUCUUGGACAAAACCCCUCUGUUUAUGCACAAGGUCAUCCGCAAUUGCAUACACAUUCUAGCCAGGCCGACGUCCAAGGGAAUAAUCAUACAAAGCCCAGUACUAUAUUACCAGUACAGCAACCUUCUCAUGGGGACACUCGUACAGACUUUGCUGUCCGACAAUCCGUGGACUCCCCGCAAGUUCAGGCCUCGCAUGGCGGAGGUUUUCAACCUCCAGUCAUCUACCACCCCGCCGCAGACACAGAUCUCGGUGCCAGGUCUUGCUGUUGACGUAGCCAGACCCGCCAGAAAGGGUUCACACGGCGCCUCGCCAGACAUGAUGACGAUCUCAGACGCGGGAGUUGCAAAUAACCAGCCUACAGGCGCAGGUACACGCUUAAGCGUCAACAUCCAGAAGGCUAACCAGGACACAUCUGAUUCCGAUAUCUACGACGCAACUCCUCGUCUGCCGUCUGGUCCGCUUCCGCCACCUGCAAAACCCAUCACUGCGACGAGCACUGGACAAAGCCAAGUCAGCGAAAGUUCGGCAGACGAGGCACCACGCAAUGCUACCCAUAUGAAUGGCAAUUCCAAUGGCGCCGGCGCCGGCGCCACAGCUCUCGUUCGAGGCAGAAGCACAAGAGCCGAGUUGGAGGAUACUGAAGACGAACGCAUGAGAACGAUGCGACUCGAAGCACAGGAAGAAAAGAUUCUCGUUGAUCCCUACGAAGAGAAGCAGUCCUCGGGAAACAAGUACAGGAAGGAAGAUGAUCCUGAGGCGCCUCAGAUGAGCGCAACAAGCUAUCCGGGACAAGAAUGGAACCCUUAUGGCGCUGGCGGCUACGAAGAAUGGGACUGA